AUGCACUCUUUCCAACUUCUCGGCCUAGCUGUGCUGGGCUCCGUUGUCUCUGCUGCCCCGGCACCCUCUCGUGCUUCGGACUUCACCAAGCGCGCAAGCACCUGCACCUUCACCGACGCCGCGGCGGCCUCUGAGAGCAUUUCGAAGUGCUCUGAUGUCGUGCUUAAGGACAUUGAGGUCCCCGCCGGUGAGACCCUGGACCUCUCUGACGCCGCCGACAACUCCAAGAUUACCUUCGAGGGUACCACCACCUUCGGCUACAAGGAGUGGAAGGGCCCUCUCAUCCGCUUCGGUGGUUCCGGCCUCACCAUCACUGCUGCCGAGGAUGCCGUGAUUGAUGGCGAGGGCUCGCGCUGGUGGGACGGCAAGGGCACGAACGGCGGCAAGACCAAGCCCAAGUUCAUGUAUGUCCACUCCAUCGAGGACUCGACUAUCUCCGGCCUGCACAUCAAGAACACUCCCGUGCAGGCCAUCAGUGUCCAGGCCGACAACACUAUUCUCGAGAACUUGACCAUCGACAACUCGGACGGCGACGACAACGGCGGCCACAACACCGACGCGUUCGACAUCAGCGAGUCUAACGGUGUCUACAUCCGCGGCGCCACCGUCAAGAACCAGGACGAUUGUAUCGCCAUCAACUCGGGCAAGAACAUCGAGUUCUCGGGCGGUUCCUGCUCUGGUGGCCACGGUCUCUCCAUCGGCUCCAUUGGCGGCCGCGAUGACAACACCGUCCAGAACGUCACCAUCACCGACUCGACUAUCAGCAACUCUGCCAACGGCCUGCGCAUCAAGACCAAGGUCGAUGAGACCGGCUCCGUCAGCGACAUCACCUACUCUGACAUCAAGCUCUCUGGUAUCUCCGACUACGGUAUCGUCGUCGAGCAGGACUACAAGAACAGUGGCGCCACCGGCUCCCCCAGCAACGACAUUAAGGUCACCGGCAUUACCUUUGACGGUAUCACCGGUUCCGUUGAGGACGAUGCAAACCCGAUCUUCAUCCUUUGCGGUGAUGGCAGCUGCUCUGACUGGACCUGGAAGGGCGUCGACAUCACUGGCGGCGAGUCGAGCGAUGACUUGUACAACUUGUAA